CUAGCUAGGUUUUUCUUGCGGAGUUUGUGGUUUACACAGUGGCAUUUGCAAUUCGAUAAAAGGCUGAAAAUGUAUUUUGAAAUUCAAUGAAGUAAACAUCUUUUCGAGCGAUUAUUUAGGGUUUUAGGCCGAUUUUUUGGGUGGGAUCGCUUUUACUGAUUUGGCUGCUUCAUCCUGCCGUACAAGAGGAUAAGAUGUACGGAUGUAUGAUCCUGUACUGCACUAAAUGUUAAGCCUAAAAGUUCCUAUAACUAUACAGAUGAAGAUUUGUUUAGGAGGCAGACGGUGCUACAAGUUAAUUUAGAAAUUUCAUUUUGUCAUCAGUAGCCAAUUGCUACCUAAUUAAUUAUUAGGCAGAAAGGGAAGAGAAAAGAAGAUAUAUACAAUUGGAACAUAUUUAGUUAUUAGGAAGAAAACCUAAAAAUUAAAGGUUUUUGUAACCAGAACGACGCAUUUUUCGAUAAGCACUUAGGAGACUGUUUAACUAAAAUACAGUGACGUCCAUUUAUGUUGAUUAUGAAUCACAGUAUGUUUCUUCUUUAGCUUUUCGUUAUAAAAAAUGCCUUUCGUUAAAAAAAAAACUAGAUUUUAUCGAAAUAUUAUGAGUGUAUAAAUUUUCCAUGUAAAACUCAGGGCAGAAAGAUCGAUAGAUAGCCACCCUUUUGCAUAUACAUAUAAGCAAUCUUUAUUUCUACAAAUAAGGCUAUCGACCACCUUGGCUCUUCUGCCCUUGCAGUUGUAGAUAUUCAUCAGGCGGAUGAACCUGGUGAUAAUGUGAUAGACACUUGCGUCUUGGCGAAUCGACUAAUAUCGCCUUUUAUUUAUUUACUAAAUGCCCCUCUACAAAAGCGAUUUGAAACGUCUUUAAAGGAGUAAUUUUUCAAUUUAUUUUUGCGGUUAUUUGCAGUCCGGUAGUUUAGCCUUGUUCCGAAGUAUGUUUGUGUCCAAUUAAGAGUGUUUGAAUGUGCUUUUGGCGUUCACUUUCAUGAUUCGGAUUAACUGAGCUUUUAAAAUCAGGUAAUUUUGUAUGUUUCGUAUGUUUAUUUGUGUGGAGGGUUUGAUUAUAAUGUUUUUUUUGGGUUGUGUAGAUCAUUCAGUCUUAAUUGAGGGGAAAUUAACUUAAUUUAAUGUCUUUUGGACACGGAUGGAACUUGGUUUAAGUAUCAGUGUUAUUGGUAGUUAUUAGUUAAACUUGGUAGUUAUUAAAAUCGCAAAUCGCCGGAUGCAAUCCUUCUAAUCAAGUAGAAGUUUAAUAAAAAUGCAUCCGAACGCAGACAGGUUUUAAUUAUUCAAUUGCCAUAUUGUAUAAAAAUGCAAGAUUCACCUUAUUACAGAGAAUCAGAUAAGCCCAAGCGCAUUAUAAAUCUGCUACAAACUACUUUUAAUCUAGAAAUUAUUCAAGCUUUUAAGGUACUUACGUAUUCUUUUUUGAAGCAUUUCAGUUCGCACAAUUAGAGCGACCAGCAAACCGUUUAAAUUCCAUUGAGGAAAUUCCAAUUGGCCAUUUAUUGUUGGAUUUCUAGCAAAUUCUGUGAAAACAAGCUUUGAUGACUUGAUUGGCCAUUGUGUAUAGGAGGCAUACGAUGUAUUUCAGUUUAAUCAGCGUUUAAAGAGCCAGCAUAAUGUGCAAUUAUUAGUGGGGAUCGGCCUGUGGAUAUUAUCGAAUACCCAUAGCAAAUGAUGGUUGCUGUGUAGGUGCCUCUGUACAGGCGCAUAAACCUUGUGAUAAAUGGUGUCAUCUACAGAUGAACGAGUUCAAACCAUUAGGAUGGACAACCUGGGCUUUCAGGAUCCCCAUCGAAAUUCCAAAAAAUUGGACCAAUCGAUCAUCGUGAAUACUGAAAGCCAUCCAUUAUACAUCAAUCAGACGCACGUUGUCGUUCCACGAUGGCGAAGAUCGCACCAUACGGAUCCAAUGGCAAUGCUCGAAGAGCAAUAUCCAUCAGAAGACUACGAUUACGAGUAUAUGGAGUGUGGACCGAGUCCUCCAGCAGACCACAUCCAUAACCCGUACUAUGAGAGCUAUGAGGAGGUUCCUACUCAUGAACUGUCGGUGCAGAUAUGCCAUGAUACGAUCAGAAAUAAUCUUGUUGAACAUAUGAAAGCAUCAUCAGGCAAACAUCAUUAUUUCGAUGAUAUUGAAAGCAAAAGAAUUGUGCUGGAAAACCUGGAAGAGUCGUUCAAAGGAGCGAAUAAGUUUGAAAUCAGUAUCUGCUUUCUAUGGGCUGCGUUCUUGAAGCGUUGGGACCUACUUGAUGGAAUAUUGAAGCUGGGAGCCCAAUUAAACUAUUAUGAACCCAAUCAAGGUCUCAGUGCCGUACACCUCACAGCGUUUAGCAGUUGCAUUCCAGGAACGCAGUUUCUGAUCGCCCAAGGAAGUGAUGUAAAUGCUAUUUACAAAUGGUACAGUCCCUUGCAUUGUGCGGCCUUUGGGGACAGUCCUGAAACCGCAAUGAUCUUGCUGAAUAAUGGGGCUAGAGUUCAAGCCAGAACCAAUAGUCCCACUUAUAGUAACGAAAGUGCCUUGCACUGUGCAGUUCGGGCCAAUGCUGUAGCGUGCGUUAGAUUGUUUACAGUCGAAGGUGCUGAUGUUGGCGAGGUCGAAUUUUCUGGCAUUUCUCCGAUUCAUUUAGCAGCCGAACUGGGACACCCUCAAUGCCUUAAAAUCAUGUUGGAAACGAAGGGAGUGAACGUGAAUGCUAGGACUAAAGAAAAAGAGCAAACUCCCUUACAUCUGGCCGCUGAAGGGGGAAACGCAGAAUGUAUUGAUAUUUUAUUGGACAGGGAAGCUGAUGCCAAUGUGAAGAACUACAGACUACAAACGCCAUUGCACCUGGCGGCACGUGCACAAUCCUAUGACAGUGUGGAGUUGCUUUUGGUAAAGGGUAAAGCCAACCCAAAUGUACCAGAUUGCGACAAGAGAAUUUCGCUACAUGCAGCAGUUGGGAAAACCGCGAGAUCCUACGACAUAAUAGAAGUCUUGGUUCGACAUCAAGCAGAUGUGAACGCGAAAGAUCAAUUCGGGUACACGCCACUCCAUAUGGCUGCCCUAAACGAGCUUUCCCAAUGCGUUGAAAAGCUUUUAUACCACGGUGCUGAUGUGACGGCCAAAUCGAAAUACGGAAAUACCGCUUUGGGGAUUAUAAUACGGAAAACGCCCGCUUCUCUAGUGAUGGUUCGUCAAAAGCUGGACCAGGCGAUCACUUUGCAUCGUCAUCCCGAAUCCUCAAAUCGAGAGGUGGAGCUGAAGCUGGACUUCAGAAGCAUUUUACAGCACUGCCACCCCAGAGAGAUAAGCUUUUUAAAUACGUUCGUGGAUGAAGGGCAAAAGGAGAUUUUGCUCCAUCCAUUGUGUUCGGCGUUUUUGUAUCUCAAAUGGGAGAAAAUCAGGAAGUAUUACAUCGCUCGGAUGUUGUUUUGCUUUAUAUUCGUUUUGAGUUUAUCGCUCUAUGUUCUGACGGCUUUGGCACACAAUUGCUACAACCAUGGAAAGAAUAUGAAUGAUACGCAGCCCCAAAAUGUGAUCGAACUUUGCGAGAAGAAGUCCAUGAUGGGACACAUGUUGAGGAACAAUCCGUUUGUGAUCGAAAUGCAAUGGUUUGCGUUGGUUGGCAUAACGUGCUGCGAGAUUUUACGGAAAGUGUACGGCAUUGCGGGCUAUCCUUCAGUCAGACAAUACUUAUCGCACCCCGAAAACAUUAUCGAAUGGGCGGUAAUUACAAGUGUGUUUGUAAUUUCGUUCGUUUAUACUGGAAGAACGUACACUUGGCAAAACCAUGUAGGGGCCUUUGCUGUUCUGUUUGGUUGGACCAAUCUUAUGUUGAUGGUUGGACAGUUGCCAGUGUUCGGCCCGUACGUUGCAAUGUAUACGAGAGUGCAAAAGGAAUUUGCCAAACUCUUACUAGCUUACUCCUGCCUGCUGAUAGGUUUCACCAUCAGUUUUUGCGUAAUAUUUCCCGAUUCGUCCACUUUUGCCAACCCUUUCAUCGGCCUCAUCACGGUCAUGGUCAUGAUGUCCGGUGAGCUGAGUCUCGAUCUACUGGUUGAUGACGAUCCGGAAGAUCCGCCCUUCCUCUUGGAAAUAAGCGCGCAAGUAACCUACAUCAUGUUCUUGCUGUUUGUGACUGUAAUUCUAAUGAAUCUCCUUGUCGGUAUUGCGGUUCACGAUAUUCAAGGCUUGCAGAAAACGGCAGGUUUAUCAAAAUUGGUUCGACAGACCAAGCUCAUAUCCUACAUUGAGCUGGCGCUGUUCAACGGGUAUCUGCCUAGGUACUUGUUGAAUUUGCUACAUUGGACGGCACUAGUUUCCCCUAAGGCCUACAGGGUAGUGCUGAACGUUAAGCCACUGAAUCCGGGCGAAAAACGUCUUCCUAAAGACAUUUUAGAGGCCGCCUAUGAAAUCGCCAAACGGGGCACGAUGUAUGGCCAAGGGGCGGCACAGAAUAGUUUCAAAAUGAACAACAACAAUAUUAUGGAAGAUCUGAGCGGGCUGUAUGAUAUUGGCGAUUCUGCGGCCAUCACGCCUUUGCACAACAAAGUCGAUCGGAACGCCGAUAUGAUUGACGCAUUGGGCAAAGAAAUCAGGGAACUCAGACUGGUGCUGAAUAAAAACAUGAAACUCUUGGAACAAUACACGGUGGUUCACAGGAAAAAUUCCGUUAAGACGGCUAACACCAGUUAGUUACGCUCUGCUAGUUAAUGGACAAAUCUGUGAUUUCGUUUUCAAUCAAGUUUUAUUUGUAUGAGCUUCAUACGUUCAAUAGUCGAAAUAUUUAAUUUGUAAAAAAUGAGUUUCGGUUCAUACUAACAUUAAAUCAUGCCAUUUAAUAUGUGAUAUUAGUGAUUUAGCGGUUGUGAAUGUUAACUCGUUUUACCUAAUCGUAGGAACUAACUACUCUACAUACAUUUUAUUGUAAAAUUAAUAUAUUUCUUUAAUAAAAUUAAGUGAACAGAUUGUUUUGGUGUGUUUAUGGGGAAUUAAGUGAUUUGUAGCCAAUGAUUUUCAGUUGAAUUGUCGAGAUGUUCUUGUUUUUUAUUCCCAUCGAAAUAUCUAACUAUCUUUGACUUUGUUUCAGCUACCUUUACAACGAUUUUUUGGUGAGUAGUUUACGAAUUACUUAGCUACUUACUAAUGAAUUAAUUAAUUGACUAAUUAAUUUAGUUUUAAGCGGCCUGAAUUGCAAAUGCCACAAAGUUUUAUUCAUAAAUAUUUGCCAGCGGUUAAUUGCACAUUUUGAUUUCUAGAUUCUAUUUCCAUUGAUAUUUUCGAAUAUGCAGAACAAAGUUGACAUAGAGGC